AUGUAUUCUGUGGUACGGGGGCGGUCGAGGGCGGACCACCCUUGCUAUAAGGCUCGCUCGGAGACAACGCGCGGCACUCGUCGACGCACCGUGCGUUACACCGCAGCGAUGACUCUAGCCGCGGCAGCUCUCUUCGCGAUACUGGCUGGUGCAACCAUCACCACAGCACAAAGGGACUAUGGUCUUGACAAGCUGGACCUCCUACGUGUUCUGGUUGAGAAGCCUUGGCUGGGCGUGGGCCACCACCGCUGGGACAGGACCCCGCACAUCGAUGAACUGGCUAAUGCGUACCCCCGGCUCGACAGGGGGUCCGAGGACGAAGGACUUAGGAGCUAUGAUGAUGACGUUCUGAGGGGCUCAGAAAAAAGGUCGGCCGUCGCUACAGCCCUGAACGGGGGCCGUCGGAGACGCCAGCCGACGCCCGCGCUCGGUAAGGCAGUCACGCCGUAUGUCGGCGUCGGGGUCCUGAACGACGUGGGCUCAUUCUUUGACUCGUUGCGCGACAACCUGGAGACCCUGGCCUCUCUGUCUCCUCAGCAGAGGUCCAACCUGUUCCAGGAACCUCCCACCGUGGUGCAAGCUCCAUCUUCGGGAGGUGGCGGUGGUGGUGGAAGCGGUAUCCGAAGGCUCCACGCACUGCGACCUCUGCGACCCACUGGCAACAUGAGAUCUUACAACCGCAGAUCGGACUUGGAGGCGCAUGGAUACCCUGGAGCGAACCACCACGACCCUGGGCUGCUGUGGACCGGACUGGGCCGUCGGUAGACGUCAACACGAAAACCUACCAAAAACGCCACAAAAACUACCAAAAACGCCACAAAACCUACCAAAAAUGCCACAAAAACUACCAAAACCACCGCAUCAGACAUUUAUGUCUGAAGAAAAUGACAAAAAAAUGGAUUUUUACGACUGGUUUAAUUUUGCUUAUAACGAAUAUAAUUUAUUAUGUGAUAUACCAAUUACAUACUGCAAUACAAAACCAAAAUGUUGGAAUCGAAAUAAUUUUUACAAUUUUAUAAUAGCACCCAAUAGCCUGCGACCACCGAUUAUUACUGGAUAUAUGAAAUAAAUAUCGAUAUAUAAAAUUUAAAUGAUACAGACAUAUGAUAUAUAAUAUAUUUUGGGCUAUAUGGAUGUGUUUGUUAUAGCAGAAAUUAUGAGUCCAUUUAAUCGAAUGGUCGCAAAAAAAAAUCGUAUCAUAAAAAAUGUUAGAUAGGUCUUGUUAUAAAAUUUAUAUCAUUACGAUGUACUGUGAAGCAAUGUUUAAAAAAAAGUAUUAUAGAAAAAUACAUUUCUAGAAAUAUUUCAGUGUAAAUUAUUAUCAUGUCAAUUUUAAAUAUUUAUUAAUACGAAUAUUUUCUUUAAAGAACUAUAAUUGUUUAAUACUUUCUAGCAUAUAGUUAAAUACGUUUACUGAAUGCAAUAAAGGGGUUCGAUUUGUACGCCAUUUUGUUUUUUUUAACUGCCGUCCCAU